UCUGGAGUGUAGAGCAAGGAGCCCAGGUGUGGAGGAGGUCCAGGAGGAGCUGGGGUCUUCUGCAGAACCUUCCUCAAGUGCAACUGGCAGGUCAAGUGAGGGGUGUGAAUACUUCUGCACCAGCCUGUCCUCCUGAAGCUACAGCAGGAGGGUGGUGGAUCCAGUCAGGGAGCUCCUAAUCUUCUGGAGGAAUCUGGGGAUCUGAGGCAAGAAGGGCAUCUUCCUUGGAACAAAGAGAAUGUGAAGCCUUGCGCAGAUUCCGGGGCCCCCUGGGGCCGCUCCUGGACCGCGCAGAGAGCGCACUCAGCCGGCAGCCGCUCCACUAAUGGACAGUAUGAUGCACGCGGGCUCAGGCCUCCGCUCAGGUUAGGAGGGUCCCCCGAGGUUACAAGAAAAGCACUCGGAAUAUCAGCAGCUCCUCACCUGACAGCAUGGCGGGCGGGCUGUCAGUGGCGGGGGCCGUAUGCUACAUCCUGUCCUGCACCAUGACAGGUGGUGAUUGCCCGGUUGAUGAUAUGCUGUUUUCUCUUCAUUCUAUUUUCAAUUUCCUGUGAGCAUUGUCUCCUCCUACUGAGUAAUCUAUAUGAACUACCAAAACAUUAUGUAUGGAGAGGACGCGCUCCCACGCUGAAGAACGUCUUUUCAAGAACCUGUUUAGUGGAUACAAUCGAUGGUCCAGGCCGGUACCAAAUACCUCAGAUGUUGUCAUUGUCAAGUUUGGCUUAUCCAUCGCCCAGCUCAUAGAUGUGGAUGAGAAAAAUCAAAUGAUGACGACGAACGUGUGGCUCAAGCAGGAGUGGAAUGACUACAAACUACGAUGGAACCCAGCGGACUACGAUAACGUCACCUCCAUACGCGUCCCAUCAGAGAUGAUCUGGAUCCCGGAUAUUGUGCUAUACAACAAUGCAGACGGGGAGUUUGCCAUUACACACAUGACUAAAGCUCACCUCUCUCACACCGGGAAGGUGCAGUGGGUUCCUCCUGCCAUCUACAAGAGCUCCUGUAGCAUCGAUGUGACCUUCUUCCCUUUCGACCAGCAGAACUGCAAGAUGAAAUUUGGAUCAUGGACAUAUGACAAAGCAAACAUCGACUUGGAGAGCAUGGAACGAAACGUGGACUUGAAGGACUACUGGGAGAGUGGAGAGUGGGCCAUAGUCAACGCUGUUGGGACGUACAACACUAAAAAGUAUGAUUGCUGCACUGAGAUUUACCCUGACAUCACCUAUUUCUUUAUAAUUCGGAGGUUGCCCUUAUUCUACACCAUUAAUUUAAUCAUCCCGUGUCUUCUGAUCUCCUGCCUUACCGUCUUGGUCUUCUAUCUUCCUUCGGAUUGCGGGGAGAAGAUCACAUUGUGCAUCUCAGUACUUUUAUCUCUUACUGUGUUCCUCCUGCUGAUCACUGAGAUCAUCCCCUCCACCUCACUGGUGAUCCCAUUGAUUGGGGAGUACCUGCUCUUCACCAUGAUAUUCGUUACACUCUCCAUAGUCAUCACAGUGUUUGUGCUGAAUGUCCACCACCGUUCACCUAGUACUCACAAAAUGCCUCUUUGGGUGCGUUCUGUCUUUCUGGAUCACAUUCCAAGGUGGCUGUUCAUGAAGAGGCCACCAGCUCCUGUAGAGCAGAUUUUUAGUCAGUAUGACCCUCCCGAACUUAAACUUAGCACGUCCAAAUACUGGAUGGAGACAGAUGUGGACGAGAAGUGGGGGGAACCGGAGGCUGAGAUGCCACCUUGCCACGUGCACCACAUCUCCAGACACAAUCACAGUCUUCAGCAUCGUUAUGACUAUAACCAGCCAGUGCCUGGGGGGCAGUGUCAGACCCCUCGUCAGAGCAAAGUGGACAACGUGGAACCUAAUUUCUUGCUCUCACCAAGUAUUUUAAAAGCUUUAGAAGGAGUACAGUACAUAGCAGACCACCUACGGGCUGAAGAUGCUGACUUUUCUGUAAAAGAAGACUGGAAAUAUGUGGCGAUGGUGAUUGACCGGAUAUUUCUCUGGAUGUUCAUAAUCGUGUGUUUAUUAGGGACGAUCGGAUUAUUCCUUCCCCCUUUCCUAGCUGGAAUGAUAUAGGACAUUUUUUUGACACUUUCUGGCUCCUCUGCUGACAUGAGGAGGACUUUGCUAUUCACAUCUCAGGCUCUUUGAUGGACUGUGGCCUCUCACAGACAUGGCUCCUUCUGGAGGAACGCCGCUGACAAUGGACGCUUGCUCAUAAAUUAUAAUAAAUGGAUGCCAUUA